AUGGCAACAACAGUAAUUCUAUUACUUAUUUUAACAGCCAGUCUUUUAGCUGUGCCAAUAUUAUCCUAUCCAAUAUCUUUACCAGUUGUUGAUCAAAAACCUCCAUAUCUAUAUAUUCACUAUAAACGAGCUGAAGAUCGUCGAUAUCGACCAUCAUUAGUCAGCUUUCUAUAUCGACAACCAGACGGUACUCAUUUAGCAACGAUACGUUAUUAUCGUAUUGUUUUUCAUUGUAAUAUUCUACCUGGAUCACUUUAUCUUCGAUUUUCUAAAUUACAACCUCAUCGAACUCUUGUUCAAAAUCGUCAAGAUCCAUCAACAAUUUUUGCUUUUCGAUCCGUGGGUGCUUAUAGUCGCGUUCAAAUUCAAAAUUAUGUAUCUGGUGUAUGGUUAUGUAUGAAUAAACGUGGUAGAAUAAUACACAGGUUAAAUAUUACAAUUAAUAAUUUAGCUUGUACAUUUCGUCAAAAUUCAGAUGGACCUUAUAUGACACUUACAUCUGAACUUGAUUCAUCACGUUUAAUGACUUUUAAUACUCUUCAUCUUCUAUCAGUAAAUCCUAUUCUUCAUCGUUAUUAUGGUCAAUAUAUGAUUAAUAACAAUACUAAUACGAAUCGUAUGUUUAAACGAGAAGAAUGUAAUCGAUUUAUGUUUGAUAGUCAAAUCGAUAAAAAUUUAUUUAAUCGUACAAUACAUCCGUUUGUUCGAGUAAGACAUUAA